CGCGCCUGAGGCUGAGUUUCCGGUCGGAGGCCUUUGCCCAGCGCCCCGCGUCCCUGAGGGGCGGCGGCGCUGGCGGCGGCGGAGGCAGCGGGGGGAUCCGGAAGUCAACACCAUGUCGAGUCUGCACAAGAGCCGGAUUGCAGAUUUCCAGGAUGUCCUGAAGGAGCCCACGAUUGCCUUGGAAAAGCUUCAGGAGCUCAGUUUUAGCGGCAUCCCCUGUGAGGGCGGACUGCGGUGCCUCUGCUGGAAGAUUCUCUUGAACUACCUCCCCUUGGAGAGAGCGUCUUGGACCUCCAUCCUGGCCAAGCAGAGGGAGCUGUAUUCUCAGUUCCUGAGGGAAAUGAUCAUCCAGCCUGGCAUCGCCAAGGCCAACAUGGGUGUAUCCAGGGAGGAUGUGACCUUUGAGGACCAUCCACUCAACCCUAACCCCGACAGCCGAUGGAACACGUACUUCAAGGACAACGAGGUGCUGCUGCAGAUCGACAAAGAUGUCCGAAGGCUGUGCCCAGACAUAUCCUUCUUCCAGAGGGCCACCGAGUACCCCUGCCUCCUCAUCCUGGAUCCGCAGAAUGAGUUCGAGACCCUUCGUAAGCGGGUGGAACAGACGACACUGAAAUCCCAGACGGUGGCCCGGAACCGGAGCGGGGUCACAAAUAUGAGUUCCCCGCACAAGAACGCGGCGCCCUCAUCCGUGAACGAGUAUCAGGUGCUGCCCAACGGCUGUGAGGCCCACUGGGAGGUGGUGGAGCGGAUUCUGUUCAUCUACGCCAAGCUCAACCCUGGCAUCGCUUACGUGCAGGGCAUGAAUGAGAUCGUGGGGCCCCUGUACUACACCUUUGCCACCGACCCCAACAGCGAGUGGAAGGAGCACGCUGAGGCGGACACCUUUUUCUGCUUCACCAACCUCAUGGCUGAGAUCCGGGACAACUUCAUCAAGAGCCUUGACGACUCACAGUGUGGCAUCACCUACAAGAUGGAAAAGGUGUACUCCACCCUGAAGGAUAAGGACAUGGAGCUCUACCUGAAACUGCAAGAGCAGAAUAUCAAGCCCCAGUUCUUCGCCUUCCGCUGGCUGACGCUGCUGCUGUCCCAGGAGUUCUUGCUGCCUGAUGUCAUCCGGAUCUGGGACUCCCUGUUUGCCGACAACAGCCGCUUUGAUUUCCUCCUUCUGGUCUGCUGCGCCAUGCUCAUACUGAUCCGCGAGCACUUGCUGGAAGGGGACUUUACGGUAAACAUGCGGCUCCUGCAGGAUUACCCCAUCACAGACGUCUGCCAGAUCCUACAGAAAGCCAAGGAACUCCAAGACUCCCAGUAGCCUGGCAGCAAGAGGCCCAGGUUUGGGAGAGAAGCCACCGCCGACCCCUGUGCCCUGGCUUCUGGGACGAGCAGGAGGCCGUGGGGUCCCAGCCAGCGGGGCCGCUGCAGGAUCAGCCCACUCCAGGCCUCUCACCCUGGUCGCUCCCACCGGGGGCCCGCUGGGCCCUGCUCUUCCCAACCACCGAGCCCUGGCUCCUCCCCCCACUCCACCCCUUCAACCCUGGACCCUUGACCCAGGCUGCUGAGCAGGGCAGGAGCUUGUGAGGUGGUAUCCUGGGGCUGGGGCAGAUGCGGGCCCUGCGGGCAGGCAGGGGCCCCUCCCUGCCUCUGCUCUGCUUCUCUCUUCCUGCUCUCCUGCUCUGUCUUCUGGGCGCUGGUCAGGGAGGUGCUUGGCAAAUGAGCCAGAAACCACUUCUGGAGGUCGGUGCUUGUGCCUUCUCCACAGGGAAGGUGACACCGUGAAGGAGCUAAGAGGCUGCCAGGCCCAGGUCUCACCCUCUGUCUCUUUCCCACAGAGUGUUUUUGUGUGUGUGUGUGUGUGUGUGUGUGUGUGUGUGUGUGU